AUGUAUUUAUCAUACCUUUUAGUCGUCUUCUUUUCUUUUCACAGUGGUCUAAGUACCACUUGCCCAAGAAGAUGCAGCUGUGACCCUGCCCAGUCAGUGCAAUGCUACAGAGCUACAGAGAUACCCAGAGAGAUUCCUUUUACCACCAGGAGACUCUACAUCAGCCACAGCAAAAUUAAACAACUCCAGUUUACUGACUUCAGGAGAAUGUCUGUCCUUGAAGAGCUGGUCUUGUCAUGCAGUGGCACAGAAUCAAUAGAAAACAACACUUUCAAAGCUCUGAGCACCUUGAAGUCCCUGGAACUCUGCAAAAAUCAGCUAAAGCAAAUACCCACCUUUCUCCCAUCUGGCCUUGAAAUUUUAAAACUCGCUGAUAACUCCAUCAACACUCUGCAUGCAACUGAUUUUGCAGGUUUGAUGAAACUAAGGGUGCUCGAUAUUCGGAACAACUUGAUUGCAACUCUGCUUCCAAGUGCAUUUUCUUCCCUUUGCAAUUUACAAAGUCUGACCCUGGAUGGCAACAACAUGGAAUCCGUGUCUGCACCAUUUAAGCUUCCUAGGCUGAAGUAUCUAAGCAUGGCUGAUAAUAAACUGAAUUCAUUCCCAACCAACUUCUUUGCAUCUUUUCAAAAUCUACAGUUUCUCAGUUUAAGUGGAAACUUUCUGACAAAAGUGCCUCUUGACCUACCUAGAUCCCUGCUGUCACUGAAUUUAGAGAAAAACCAACUUAAAAUUGUGAGACUUCGAGACAUGAAACAUCUAGAAAACCUGUCUGAGUUCUUCCUGUCAGAAAAUCAGCUAACAUCAAUAGAUGGUGCCCAGCUUCUUCCUAACUUAACAACACUGGAGCUCUCUAAGAACCAGCUCCACACUAUGCCAUUCAGGCUGCCUGGCAGACUGCAGAAACUCGACUGCAGCAAUAACCUGAUUCAAAAGGUGACAGCCCAGGACUUCCAAGGACUACAAGACCUCAAGCACCUGUUUCUCGACAACAACGCUAUGAGCAUGUUUGAGGCGGGAGCUCUUCAACAGUGUGCACAGCUUUCAAAUCUGGCGCUGGAACAGAAUCUCCUCAUUUCUAUUCCGCUGAGACUUCCAGACACCCUUGCCAGAUUGGAUCUAAAAGGAAAUGGCAUAGAGGAUGUUGGAGAACAAGAGCUGAAGGACUUGAAACAGCUUCAGGUUUUAAAUUUACGGAAUAACAAGAUAUCUGCCUUGGAUCGCAAAGUCUUGGAGUAUUUACCUCGUCUUCGUCAUCUGUAUUUAGACGGAAACCCUUGGAACUGCACCUGUGACCUUCUCAGAACCAGAAGAGCGCUGGUGGCCAAAGGAACGGAUGUCCAGGGAGGGCAGUGUGCAGCGCCAGCAGAAAGCCGAGGAGAAAGUUGGAUGUCUUCCAAGAAGAUUCUGCAGCAGUGUGAAGGCAAUCCAUCUUCCAUGGAAACAGACAAAGAGGAUAGAAAGAAAAUUAAAUCCAAUGAGACCUCCAGCAUUGGAGUAAACACGGACGAUGAUUACUAUGAUUAUGAAUUAGAUUAA